AUGCCUAAAUCCAGCUUUUAUUUCAGCUAUCUUCGAAUAACGAUAAUACAGCUUUUAAAGUCACAAGGGUUUGAUAGAUGCUCCAAUACCGUUAUUGAUGCACUGACAGAUACCACAAUCCGGUUUUUAGGCCUUCUUUUGGAAAAAACUGCGAAAUAUACUGCCAGUCGUGGAGAAUCCCUGGAUGAUGUCCAGAUACAAGAUAUCUCUGAAGCGCUAACAGAGCUCAAGAUAAUUACACCUUGUAACCUAUUAGAUCCAUAUGAUGUGUCUCCAGAUAACCUUCAAGGUAUUCAAAACUUUGAAAGCUGGUUCAUCGGCCCGUACCCAGAUAGGGCAAGGCAAGUGGCCAGGCCAAGCAAACAAUACAUAGCGGAAGUCAAUGAGAGUUUAGACCCCAGCACACAGUUCAGGUCCAAAAACAGAAUCCCUGAAUACAUGAACAGUUUUAAGAAGCAGGAAGAACAAAUAGAUAAUACCGGUGAUUUCCCUCUAGAUGAAGACUGGAUAAGAUUCAAUCUCAGAGUGGAACUCAAGAGAAACCAAGCACAUGAUUCUAAACUGAAAAAUUCCGUGUUGCAGCCGUAUAUUUCAAAUGUAUUGGAGGAUGUGCAGAGAAAAAACGGAGUAAAUGGAAAUGGUUCCACAGACAAAUAUGCAACCAAUUACGAUUUCAUUAUCACUGGUCCAACUCCAGACAAAUUAAUGCAAUACCUUCCUUAUAUUAAUAGUGACGAUGAGGAAGACGAUGAUUCAUACGAAGAGGAGAAUGAAGAUUCCGAAGACCAGGAUGAGGAUGAUGGUGACCGCAACAAUGAACACAACAAAAAUGACGAAUAUGGCAAUGAAAAUCAACCAGAACAAACGACUCCCGAUUUUGAUUACGAAGAACACAAUGAUGAAGACGAUAAUCGACAAAAAUUAAAGAUUCGUCUAAAUAUAUAA